ACGAUCUUUGGUCGGCACACCGGAAGUGGGCAGCAGGUGCCACAGGAAGUCGGUGCAGGAGAAUUAAAAGAAGCUAACGGAAUUUGAAUACAAAAAGCCGCUGAAUAAUUCCAAGGACAGAAAAAUACCACAGAGUGUAAGAUGUUCGUCUAAUUUUCUGCGAGUAAUUCUGUUAUCGACUGGUCUAAGAAGUAGCUUCGUUGUUGCCUACUGUAAGGUUAGCGCUGGGGUGCUUAGGUUGUAAGCAGCUAGGCGGUUAGCGGUGUUAGCAUGGCUUUGUUAGCUGAAUGAGUGAAACUCUGCUGCUGAAAACGACGAUUUAACUGAUUAUUUGUGUAAUUUCUGCUUUAAAAUGGACCAGGAAUAAUGUUGAAAGACACUCUACAACUCUAUAUUUACUCGUGAGUGUGCAUCUUGUGCAGAGUAAGCUCACUGUAUAAUUUAAUGUCUGUUCUUGAUUUAUCAGUGGUAUCGAUAUUCAUAAAUAUUAAUACAUAAUUGUUCAAAUUAACCCAAUCUGAACAUAAUCACUAAAUAAGAAACGCUUCGUUUUACAAUUUUAAACAUCCUUAUUUCAACUCUGUCGAUAAAAGAACGCGAACAAUGUGUUCUUUGAAACAUAACGCAAAAUGUAAUUAAAAAAUACGACAAUUUAGGUAUUUUUCGCUUUUUACUAAUGUUACAGAACAUUCUGAGCAGGUUUUUAUAUGUUUUUUAAUACUUAAGGUGUUCUGGAAAAUUCGGCGCACUUAGAAGACAGUAUGACUCCGAUAAUGUAGAUUCUUUUACUGGUGUUAAGGUUAAUUUUGUAAAUUGUCGUAGAAGAUAAUUGAAAAACUGAAAACUAUCUUUAAAUCUUUAAUAAUUGAACACACAAAGAUAUGUAGGAUCAAACAAAGCUUUUCAUAAAAAACAGCAAACAGGAAGAAACUUUAUUUUCAAAUAUUACAAUCUAGUUUUUAAUGCUUUUUCAACAACACCAGACUCUUUUUUUCCCAGCAGGGUUUACUGUAGUUAAUUUAUAUUCUGGAUAUUUUGAUAAAUUUGUAGCACUUUUUUUACUCUUAGUGAUUAUAUACUACCUAAAAAUGUGAUUUUUUUUUUUUAACUAGUGCAGGGCUCCAGACUGCAUCCAAACGAACGCCUUUGCGACUAAAAUCCGAGACAGUGCGAGUAAAUUGCAUGUGUAACUAGUGAAUCUGCUGGUUUUUAUUUUAUUUUAUAUUUUUUGUUGCUUACAAAUUUAUGUACUACGGUGGCCAAGAACCGCCACUGCUGGACAUAAAGAAAUAGUGCAAAAAAAAAAAAAAGAAGACACGACGGAAGUUAACGACACAAAAAAAAGUGGUGGUGGGAAAAAAAAGAAAUAAUGAAGAUGAUGCCCCGGUGUUCUACGAUCUUUUACGAACUGAAGUUAACACUACACUGACAUCCUCCAGUUCAACUUCAUAUCAACUCAGGUGCUACAUGGUCUAACCACAUGACACAUUAAACGUUUACGAAGAGUAAUUAAACAAUAUCCUUUCCAUUGACUUCUUUUCUCGUCCUCUGGUCAGCGUCUUCUGUGCCUAGAUUGUAAAACACCAGUGCAUCAUCAUUAUUGGUCCCCAGCAGCUCACUUCCAUUGUGGCUUUUUUUUAUUUGCAUCCUUUUAUUUUCACAGUAAGUAACUUUUUAUCUUUUUGCAUCGCCACUUUUUUUUUUUGCAUUCUUUUUUUAUUUGCAGCAGUGGCGGUUCUCGGCCACCGUACUUAUGCUCCACACUUCAUCCCACUAGUUGGUGGUAAUGCAAAAAUGAACUGGUUUGCCAACCGACAUUAACUCAAAAAUAUAAGAAGAAAGGAGACGAAAACAGAAGAAAAAGAAGGCUGGCCAAUGUGAGAGCGGGGGGGGCGAAUGAUGACUGUUAUAGGCUAGGGGGUGGGUCUUUGGGGUUAUCCAUUGUAAACGAUGGCGGCGGAGAAGACUGUCAGUUAUUACUUUCUCCCCUGUAAAAAUAAUGUACCUGAGGAGACAAAUCUUAAGAAUGAGUCCGACUCAGAUUGUGAGGAAACGUUCGGAAAAAUCCAGGAAAUUCAGCUUUCGUCAUGAGUGGCUGCGUGAGGUAUUUCAGGGAGACGUAUUGUGAAGCUCUAUAACUGUCCACGAUUGUCCAAGAACAAGACUUCUUUAAAGGGGGAAUUUCACGUGUAAGAAGUGAUGCUUCGGAUUCAGAAAGAAAGUCCUGAGGAUUGACUCUGCUCAUCUCUCUGUUAUCCUCUCCAGCUAAAAUGAGCGCUGCAGUACCCAACCAUCGAAGGACCAAGCCGGGUGGUGAGGCUUUAUUAAUAAUGAGUGACUUUUGCAUGCAUUCUCGCUCCAUUAUGUGUCAUGUAUUUAAAUACUUAAAGCUUUAAAUAUAUUCAGUAUUUCUCAAACUUAAAGGCAUUAAAUAAUACCCAAUAAAUCAGGUCCUUUGAUUUAAUUGCAGGCAUUAAGCCGGGGGUGGUGAACGCCGGCGUGACUGGACCAUCCUCCCAGAUUCCCGGUCUGUCUCAGACUGCUGAUGAAAACACCAAAGUGGAGAGGGUCAGCGGACGGCGAGUGGGGAUAUUUGAGUCCGACUCUGAGUACGUCAAACUUGCAAAAGGCGGAGGACACAAAGGUAAAAGGGGGUGUCUUUGCAGAAGACUGUAGGUAACAGUUCUGCUUUUAGUAUUUGGUGAACGCUUUAAAUGCUACAAGUCUCUCCUUUCUCAUAUUUAGAUGAGAAAUCUGACGAACCUCCUUCUGUUCCUCAGAGUGAGGAGCGCACAAUAGACUGAAACAGUGGAAGUUACCACAUUUUGAGAAUAAAACAACAUCCCAGGGGAACCGUUUGAUGUUGACAACUCUUUGAAAUGCAAAUCUUGAACAAGUUUCCUCUCGGAUCUUGAAAAAGAGGAUCUUUCCAGUUUUUUUAGAGGCAGUGUGGGAAAACAUGACAAGCCCCCCUUUUGUUCUAAGAAAAGCAACAUCACCGGCUUCAGCUGUCGGGGGAAUAAAGUCGUUUCUGUUGCUGUACACACUUUUCUUUGGUACUGAAAAGUUCAAUUUCAAGCUCCAGUCAGCGUGAAUGAAUCCUCUGCAAUAAACGAGCUCGCCUGAUAUAAAACAUCUGAAAACAGAAGCAGUUACGCCUUAUUUAGUGAGCUGUAGCUCCUGCUUUUACCUUAAUUAGCUGUUUUUCUCUCCUCACAGAAGUUCACCAGACGCAUAACUUAUCAAUAAUUAUUGAACAAACAGCCAAAGUGCUCGUUGUUUUGAAGUAUUUACAGCCGGGAGCCUCUGUUGUCACUUUUGACAAAAAACGUCUUUCAUAAAUCACCAGGAGGACGUUUUUUUUUGGUAAUGGUACAGUAUGCAAAGGAUUUAAUGAAAACAGUCUCAGAACGGGACCGUAGUAAAAUUAAAUUGAAGUGAUAACUGAACAAUGUUAUAUCAAACACAGCAGGAUGAACAUGAAGAGAGUCUUUUGCAUUAACUGCAAUUCUUGAAUAUUGUAAAUAGAAGCUCCUGUUGAACACCCUUCUUCGUAUUCCUGCGAUGUUCGUCACGUCAGAGUAAAUAAAAGGAGCCUGCUGUGAUUUCUUGCAUAUGCCUCUUGAUUAUUAAUUCGUAGGACAGUAAUUGUAGAAGUCCCGGAGUUAAAUGGCCUGAAGGCAAAUAUCACAUUAUGUUAUUAGGGGUGAGAUGCUGCUGCUGAACAACGCUUCAUAGCAGCUCGCAGUGUUUUGACGCGCGUGUCUCCUUCUCCUGCAGGGCUGUUGAGUCAUGACGUUGAUGAGGAUGAUAAACCCAGGAAGCCGUACAAUCCGACCAACUGGUUCAGCGGCGAUGAGUCAAAGAGGUAAAAACACUGGUCACACAGGGACCAAACGUAGAAACAGAGACUCCUAGAUUUAAAUUACAGACAAUUAACACACGUUUAUUGUAAAUGGGUUAAAAAUAUAGAUGCUUGCAUGGGUGGAAAACAUUCAGAGCUCAUAUAAGUGGACUCUUCCAACAUCCGUCUGUGAACCGUGAACUGUGACAGAGGAUCCACACACUGUAUUCAUGAGACUUGCUGUGUGUGUAAUGUUAUGUGUCUUAACCAUCAGAAACCAAAGAAAUAAAGUCAGCAGGCUGAGAGCAGAAGGCUCAGGUGGUGUGUGUCAGUAAAGCAGAGGGAAACAGCGAGUCUAGAGUUUUCCUGUGUGCUCAGACUUGUUAGUUUUGUCAGCGUAGUGAAAAUUUCCCUUCCUGACAAAAAAAUCUCUUCCAGUUUUAAACCAGGCGACGGAAAACACAAAAUUUCUAAAUGAAAUCAAUAAAAGCAACAACCAAGUGAUCCAGCCUCAGUCAGAGGUUGUGUAAGUGGCCUGCAGUCAUUUCCUAUAUGUAUUCUAUUAUAUCACAGUGGUUUUGUAUUUUCAGCAAAGUGAUGUCUCCUGACAGCGAGAUGAAGAUGGGCUUUCAGCCUCUGGCUGCUCCUUUUGGCACUGAUAACGGUACAGCCUGGGAGACCGAUAGGUUCUCCCCCGGUAAAGAAAAGGUGAAUAAACUGGACUAGAGUCACCCUCCGGCAUCGAUACCGCGCUCAUCUCUUCCAUCCAUUUUGAUUAUUUAUUUUGCAUUUAUUCCACCAAGCUCCCUUUUUAUUUUUCACCUUAUUUUGCUCCAUCGCUGCAUUCACAGUCUGGUAAAAAUGGAUAUCCUGCUCGUGCUUUGGCUGUUUAAUAGCUUUGAGGGAAGAUUGCUCAAGUUUUAGGUAAGUACAGAGAGAGGACCCGACUAAACACAAAUCUGUGUAGUCUUCUUUUUGUCUUUCUAAAACUAGUUAGUACAUCAGGAUAGUAGAUCUUUUGUGCAGGUCAGUCAGAUAAGAGGUGUUAAAGUCCUUCUCAGAGCUGUAUGUUAGGUCAGUGUGGAAAUCUUAGGUUAUAAAAGUCUCAGAAAACCAGAUCAGCACUUUUUCUCCUUUAAAGGAUAAACUGAGAUGAUUCUGUUGUUUCUGGGUUUUGCUCAUGCUUCCUCCAAUCAUUCCCUGUUGCAUGACUUUUUUUUUCAUUGGUAAUUUUCUUCCAUCAUUUCAUUCUUAGUUCUGUUAAUUGCAUGUAUUUCGCUUCAUAAAAAUUCAGAUUCAUACGUUUGUAAUUAGUGAAAGCUGGUUUUAGUGGCUGCAGAGCUCACAGCGUCUCCUUCCCUCAGAUUUCCCCUGAUGGUGUCGCCGGUCAGAUGGAGGGUCUGUCUGUAGCCAACAAAUACAAGAGGAGGUAAAUAAACUGUGUUUUCUGUGUACUCAAACACAGACAGGUGAACUAUUGAGGGAAGAUGAAUCCCUUUUAUUACUCUUGGCUUGUGCUGCUAAGGUUCAGUCUGUCCAGAUCAAAGUGUCUUUUUUACUUACCUGAAGGUUUCUGUAGAAGAGGUGAUCCACCUAAGGCUCUUAAAUGAACAAUGAUACAGUUUAAGACAAGGAAACAGUGAAAUGUCCCUUUUCAGGGGCUGUAAAGGUCAGAUAUGUCGUUGUUUCAUGAAGUAAAAGCCUGUGAUGGUUAAUGCUUGAAUGUUGAGUAGUGAUUGUGCUGCGUGUGGUCUCCUCAGGUCUUACGAUAAGAAGACCACUCCAGUCAGCAUGUCCAAACUGCUGAGUCAUGGCUACGUUGAGGACAAGAAGAAGUCUCCCAACGAUGAUGAUACCUCAAGUAAGAGACUCUUUCAAACAAAGGUAGAGGGACGCCCUCCCCCCUGCUCAAACAUACUCAGGUUGAUGGUUCUGAGACGCACCAGAGUGACCCAUGAACAGAUUUGUGUUCAAACCCGCUCUGCUGUUUCUCUUUUCAGGUGUGACUUCUGAACAGACCAGCACCAUCAUGACGGAGGACGUGGACGACCUGGAGUAGAGCGCCGAGGUCCUUGUCCAAAGGGAAAGGGGGUCCACCUAACACUGGUUCAUGGUUUCACAAACCCACGACCACGCCACUCCGCCCUUCUCCAAAUUCACUCACAUUAAUUGUAUAUCCACUGACUGUUCAGUUUUGUACUCAUGUUUAUGCAAAGGUACUGUUCUGGCUAUUAUUUAUUUGCUUUAAUUUGUAAAGACAGUUCACACAGAUUCUGUUGAGUAGAUGUGUCAGUGCUCGGUGAUUCUUUAUUUCUCAAUUCCUCGAUUUGAAAGACGAAUUGUGCGCAGGGCAGGAAGCUAACAUUCAGAUCCAGAGAGGCGGGUUUAGUCUGAUUUUUGACCUCAGAGGAUGCUUCAGAGAUUCACUUCAGCUAAAUCUGUGUGGAGGCUGGUGUUAGUUUCCCUCCCUGGUUGUAUGAAGAUCGAGUUUGUGAGUUUUCAAACUAUUAGUGCUAAAGAAACGUGGUUAAAGUGAUGUGAGUUAUGAUUUCUGUUGACCAAGGGCUCCUGCUCUGUGAAGAGAUGUUGGUGGCUUGUGUGUUUUCAGCUGCAGAGGUUUGAACGAUCAUUCGUAGAGACAGCCACCCGGCAGCUGGGACCACAUGCCAAAGUGCAAACAGACGGCCACAGACAGCGCGGUUUUGUUUGGGCCAAAGGGGCCAAAAAAUGAUGUUUCAGUUUGCUGCUCUGCAGAAGGUUGGCCUUUUCUCAUUUCGCUGUUUUUUAGUCUCCAAUUUCCUGAAACAACAAAAUUAACCCAGUGUUCAAUCAGAAUUUGACUUUGCAGCUCCAAUAAUAUCAGAAUAUUGCUGAUGGUUAAUUAAAUCUGUGUCUGUCCUGCCUAACAGCCCAAAACUCGAGCAGCGACAGGUAAAGUGGUUGGAGAAGGAGCCGCCUUCUGCAGAGAUUCAAGCUGAAACUGAAAUCCGGUGUCAUUCCCUGUCAAGACUAACACAGACAGAUAUGAGUUCUGAACAUGCCAACCAAGCAGUAUGUCCCUGCUCGUGCAGUGUUUUUGACUUUAGAGACAGAAGUAGGAGAUCGUAGUGUUAGUGCACAGCCCGCCCACGCCAACAAAACCUCCACCUCCUGAGAACUUCACUUUUUAGAUUAGAUUUCUGCAGCGACAUUUUUCAAAACUUCAAUCCAGAGGUGAAACUGUAAUUUUACUAUCAAAGACAAGAAUCCGACAAAAAUGAUCAAAUAAUUGUUAGUGUCUUUUUGUUCAGUGCAAACACUAAAGAAAGUGAGUCAGUACCAGCUGUACAAGUGUUGUUAACAACCUCAACUCGUGAAGAAAAGUGUCAGAAAUGAAGGAGAUGAGUCAAAGAGACGACAUGUCAUCAGCUCAGAGGACCAGAGUCUGGAUAAGGCUUCACUGAGUCACCAAAAAGCUUCACCUGGACCCCCUCAGACCUCCUCACAGAGGGUCUGCACCUCUACCUAAGUCUUCAAAACCAAGUCCUCUCAGCUCAGCUUUUCUGGGUUUCUUGUUACUUUGACUCUGAGUGUAACUGCAGGUGAUAUUAAUGAGACUUUACAGAGUCUGGCUGCUGCUGUGGCUUCAUUCUGGCUUCACUCACUUUGUUUCUGUAGGAAGUUGAAUUUUUCAGACAUUUAUUAUUUUCAGCACCUCUCUCUGUCUCUCUCUCUCUCUCUCUCUCUCUCAGUGGGUCUUAUUUUUUGUUGUUGGAUGGAGGAGUGAGGAAACAAACUGGUCAGACUGGUGAGUUUGGAAGCCAGAUUUUAACGCCUUUUUUUUUUUUUGUUUGCUCUGUGAAUUUCAACACUUAGUCAAGUUUGGAUUUUGGCCUCACUUCACCCAAACUCCUGCAGACCAAACAAAUGAGUCCUCUCCUCUUCUUCUUCUUCUUCUUCUUCUUGCUGGUGUGGUUGCAGGAUAGAUUUGCCUGUCAGGAUACCUCCAAAAUAAGUAAUGGAUUUCUUUGAGGCGUGAUGGACAGCUGAGCCUUGACUCAUUUUAACGGUUAUUAUUCUCUCAGCGUAACUGCGAACCUGACGGUGACAGUCAAAUCCAAAUCCUACAGGGACAUUUGUCAGGUGGAGAAAAUGCUCUUAAAAUGAAAAAGGAUGGGGAUGAUUUAUUUGGGUAUAACAGCCAGAUUAACGCUCGGAGUCUGUCCCAGUAAAUCCCCCAAAUUCAUCACCUCCGUCUCAAAAUGAAGCUGCAGAAACAGACUCUCAUUUGGAAACUCUCACAGGAGACGUGUCACCAUCAACUUUACCGGAUUAGGGUUGUCAUUGUUUUUCCGGCGCAGUAUUCGAUGCAUAGUUUCUCUUAAUGAUGUGGUGUUAACGGAGGUGUUUUCCUGUGUUUGGUGACUCUGGAUUUAGUUUUGCGGUCAUGGCGAAUGUAUCAAACAGGUACAUAUUCAGGUUCAGUAUUUACAGUUAGGAACGGUGUUUUUGUCUGUUUUCCAAGUGAGUUUGUGUCAUAAGUCUUAAGCUCCGCCCUGAAGUCGACCACCCUUCCUUUUUUUUUGCUUUUUCAUCCGCUAAGUUUGAAGAGACUGAUGUAAGACCCUGCUUCUCUUGACGGCUGCACACAAAAGCUGAAUUAUCAUUUCAAUAAAUGGGCAUGUGCAUGUAACUGUG